AUGACCAGAUCCCACAGCACGCUUGAUAAUUACAUUGUUAUAAAAACUCUUGGAAAAGGCGCUACCUCUAAGGUAAAGCUUGUACAAGAUAUAGCUACUUAUAAUAAAUUGCCAUUUUUUAAAUUUGCAGAUAUUACAAUAAAGGAUAAUUCUAUAUAAAUUGGUAUAAAAACACUCAAGAAAUUUUUGCAGUAAAAAUUUUUAAACCUCCAACAGAGUUGAAUUUUGAAAGAUACCGAGAUUCCAUAGCAAAUGAGAUCAGAAGCCUAAAGCUAGUAUCACAUCCUAACGUAAUUAAAUGUUUUGGGUUUAGUGAAAAUGGAAUUUACAUUCAGAAAAGUUCGGGAUCUCUCAAGAAGUGUACAUAUCUAGUUAUGGAGGUAUGUCCAAAUGGCUCACUUUAUGAUAUCAUUUUUUACACGGGAAUUUUAAAUGAGAGAAUAACGAGAUAUGCUAUUUAUUAUAAUUAAAAUAAAAAAAUUAAUUAAAAAAAAAAUAUAAAUUAGAAGUUUUAGUUAAAGUCUGAUGGUAUAUCUAUUCCAUCAGCUGGUCGAGGCCUUAGAAUGCUGCCAUAAUAGUGGGGUUACUCAUCGGGAUCUAAAACCCCAAAAUAUUUUAUUCGACGAAAACUACAACCUAAAAUUGUCAGAUUUUGGGCUGUCUAUAAACCUAUUUGGAAGAGACGGCUCUGGCUAUCUGGGAAGUCCAGUAGGCACCGAAAAUUAUAUGGCACCAGAAAUCCAUAUGAGAAAUCCUUAUGUCGGUACAAAUAUCGACGUAUUUUCAUUGGGUGUUAUUUUAUUUAUAAUUUAUUCAUAUAACCCUCCUUUUAGGUUUGGGUAUUUAACUGAUCCAUGCUACAAUAUGUUGGUGAACAACGAAAGUAUGUUUUGGGGUUUGCAUUCAAGAAAUAAGUCAGAAGGAUUUUAUACUCCAGAGUUUAAAUCACUAAUUAAAGGAAUGCUAGCACUUGAUCCAAAGAAAAGAUACACUAUCAGUGAUAUAAAAGCUGAUAGCUGAUAUAAUGGACCUGCUGCUACUUAUGAGGAAGUUUACAGAGAUUUGAUGUCAAGAUGUCAAGCAGUCAACAGAAUGGUUGAACAAGUAAAAGAGCAGCAAACUAUAAGCUCAACCAGUACGAAAUCAACUUCAGCUUCUUCAAGAAUUUAUAGAGGAGAUUCAUCUAUGUCAGAAUUCAGAUCUCGAUCAUUAUCAAUUGUAAUUGAUGAUCUCUCUGUCAAGCCUCUCCCAGAAAGCUAUAUCACAGUUAGAAAAUUCUCACAAUUCGUCACAGAUCUAAAGCCAAUUGAUUUGAUCAAUAUAAUUAUUCAAGAAAUUUAUAAAAAUGAUGGUGAAGUUCAAAUUUCACUUGAAUUUUAUGAAAUCAAAUCAAAAAUUUUCUUAGAAGAAAAUGAAAUAGAAUUCAAGGCAACUGUUUAUCAAGUAGAAGCUGACAUUUAUUUACUUGAUUUAAUCUGCAAAAGCUCUGAGCAGCGUAUUUUCAUUGAAUUCGUAAAGAAGCUUUUCGAGUCAAUCAAAGAAGUUCAAAGUCCUUCAGAAGAAUCCAAUAAUUUUUCAAGUUCUUUUCUAUCUGUUUCCAAUAAUUUCUCAAGCUCUUAUCUAUCUGUUCCGACUAAUUAA